CCGGCCCCUUGGGGGUGGUAUGCCAGCAGCCGCAGAUGUUGUAUAAAGUAGACCUUAUCCCACCUUUCGUAGAUCUCCUGUUUGCUUCUAGAUCACCAGGAAAGACGUGGACGCCUCUACUCUCGUUUAAAUUAUACAUUCGUUCGUAACUAAUAUCUCAAGGCACCACCCCCCUUAUCCCCUGUUCAAGAUGAAGUACACCACUUUCGCUGCUCUUCUGGGUCUCAUUCCCUCUGCUCUGGCCCAUGGUUACCAUUCCCGCCGCAGUGGCGUCCUUGAAGAGCGAGCAGACACAUCUACCAAGGACGUCCCCCGUCCCAAGAUCGGCAACGUUCCGUAUGGACAAAUCAUCGAGAGGUGCACUCAGCCUGGCGUUGUUGCCAUCACUUUCGAUGACGGCCCCAGCGGAUUUACCAACGCCCUGCUGGACCUGCUGAGCCGCGAGGGAGCCAAGGCUACCUUCUUCAUCACGGCCAACAACAUUGUCCCGGUCGAGACCGACCAGGGCAGGACCAUCGUCAACCGCGCCCACCGUGAUGGACACCAGAUCGCCCACCACUCGUGGAGGCACCAGGACUUCUCCGUCAUCUCGCGCGACGAGCGCACUAACGAGGUCCUCCUCCCCGAGUCCGCCUUUGCCAGCGCCCUUGGCUUCUUCCCUACCUACAUCCGCCCUCCCUUCGGAUCUUGCAACGCCGACUGCCAGUCUCAGCUCGGUGAGCUGGGCUACCACAUCAUCAACUGGAGCAUUGACAGUGAUGACUGGAGGAACGUUCCCGACAACAUUGCCGCCUCCGAGGCCGUCAUCACCCAGCAGUUGACCAACUCGGGCAACGGCCACAUCAUCCUGGCCCACGACAUCCACCAGGCCACCGUCGAGCGCCUCGCCGGCCACAUGAUCCGUACUGCCAAGGAACGGGGCCUGAGAAUGGUCACCGUCGGCGAGUGCCUGGGCGACCCUGCCGCCAACUGGUACCGCGCCUUCACUCCCACCAACCCGAACCCGGGCAACCCUCCCCCCAGUGGAGGCUUGAAACCCACGCCCGACGGCACCUGUGGUGGCUCUACCGGCUUCACAUGCCAAGGGUCCUCGUCCGGAAACUGCUGCAGUCAAUAUGGCUGGUGCGGGUCAUCCUCCGACCACUGCAACGCCGGAUGCCAGUCAGCCUUUGGAACCUGUGGCUCUGGCCAGGCGCCCCCUCCCAGCGGCGGCGGCUUGACCGUUUCACCUGACGGCACAUGCGCUGGCAACACCGGCUUCACCUGCCAAGGAUCCUCUUCCGGCAACUGCUGCAGUCAAUGGGGAUGGUGUGGAACGUCUGCCGACCAUUGCGCCGCGGGAUGCCAGUCGGCAUUCGGCACCUGCUCUUAAGUUAACCAAAAGCUAAUGCCAAUUUUCUUCUCUGUUUUAUAUUAUAUGUUGUUGUAUAAUCUUUCGACCGGUACACAGAGCUGGAUUAGGACGCUUGGUAUUAGAUACAAAAGGCCACGCCCAUCGAACAUAGAAAUUUAGAGGUUUAAUUGACCCGCCAGUAGUGUCCACUUAAA